CACAGCCGUUUCUUAUUUCAUGUUUCAGUCUCCUAAAAACUGCAGGGAUCGUCUCUGCCUGUCCCGUCGUCAGCCAUCCAUUGUAGCGCGAAGGGUCGGCAUUUGUGACUCACUCAACAACCACGACGAUAUCGGCCUAUCACACAAUUGCAAAUCACAACAUAUUCUGACCCGAACGUGUCAUAUCUCGUGACUCGAUAACCAAGGCAUCUCCCAGCCGACAUAGGUAACAAAGUCGAAGAUGACUCGAGAGUUCGAUGUCCUGAUAUAAAAAUCACCUCUUCCUCCGUGCGUGAUAUUUUUGCUCUCCCCACCGCAGACCUCCGACAUUCCCUCAGACCCUCUUGGGUGCUUUCAUAUUCUCUCUUAUAUACUCGAACUUCUUUAUAUACUCCACCACUAAUUUCCUUACAAACUUUUCAAUGAUGGCUGGAAUGAAUGGAUACACCGUGACCCCUCACCACCGUCAAAAUAGACGACGGGAGCGGCCUGGCUCCCGAACCCGUCGAACUGUAACUCGCAAAGCCAACAUCCAGGCCGAGUUUACAGAAGGGUAUCUAGACGCUUACGAUUCCAGCGUCUCGCUCCCUUCGGACCGAGCCAGGCCCUCUCCUCUUCUCCGCGAGAGCGUCCAUCUAUCGUGGCAACGAUGGAAGGAGCGUGAGGCCGAGGAGAAAGAGAAAGCACUUGCCGAUGUAGCAAGAAUGCAAGAGCUGGAAAGAGAGCAGCAGAGGCUAUAUGGGGGAGAUAUCUCAGACGACGUGAGUCUUUGUCCUGCUAUGCUGGAUGUGGUUAUGAGUCUUUGGGGCGACAUCGAUUAUAUCGAUCCUUGACUACACACAUCACCUACUCCAUUUCCUACCCUCAUGUGGCGCCGGUGUUUGGGGACUAGGGCGACGACUGGCUGUAUGCUUAUUCCUACCCAGGAGCUUUAUCGGCUGGGAAUAUUAUAUGAGGAUAAUACGCGAGAGGAUGUUGGUGCUUGCUAUGUUCCUGUCCAACAUGAUCCCCCACCCUACACUCUUCGAUAUCGAAGACCAAGACGUGCUUAUGCAAGACGUGCCCAUGCUUCUCGAAGACGCCCAACGUGGAUCUCUCUCCCGCUACGCCUCUCGCUUUCACAUCUGAGAGACGAUGUCGAUAUCUCAACUCUCAUAUCUCACUCAGCAACAACUACCAACACCCCCACAAAGCCACCCUCGAUUCAACAUCGGCCAUUACCCACACCACAUGCAACACCACUUGAGAUCUCACAGUCAUUACCAUCAUCCACAUCACCCAUUCUCAUCCCACCAACACCAGAAGAAGUCAUAGACUGGGAAUUCAUCAACAUCCACAAAACCACCACAAACACAGCAACACAACCAACCACCCCCUUUUCCGAACCAGAGACUUGGAUAUUACUGGGUGACGACUCGUAGCAAUGAACCUUUUUCCAAAUUAUUUAGGACAACCCCGUGAACCGCUUCGGCGAGAGGGGGAAUGAUAAGGAAGCUGGGGAUUGGUCCUCAUAUACUCGGUACCAAGCCGUCUCUGGAGCUAAAAGGGGAGACCAGGAAUAUAAAAGAAGGGCGGAAAAGAGGGGACAGGUGAAUGCUCAUGGCUUUAAAAAGGCUGUUUGAGAUUACUGUUGAGGACGAGAGGAGGUGGGAUUGAUGAUUUUGGAAUUGGGGCUGGUUGUUUGAGUUAUGUAUUUUAUGAUGUGUUUGAUAGUUUGUUCUGAUGAUAAGUACCUAAUGUAUUCUGGC